ACAACAUACUGGUCGAAUAUUGAAUUACUAAAGAGGACUAAUACAACUAAGAAGAACGAACUACGGUUUUCAGCAAAGAGGUUGUUUCUGCAGUCCACCUGCACCUGCACGGCCUUAUCCGCAGGAUGGAGACAUCACUGCGUGAAUGGGUGCUCUUUCUUUUCGCAUUCGGUGCGUGCAUUGAGUACGGUUGCGCCGAGAGACCUGUCCUCAACCUUUUCGGAGGUGGCGCAAACGUAGCAACAAUUGAAGUGCUGGUUGAUACGGCCGAAUAUUUCACGGCGCGGCUCGCCCUGAACGAAGACACUGCAAAUCUGGUGACGGACGUUGACGAGGAUAUCCAGUAUGUUAUAGCAAAGCUGAACGGCGGCGGUUUAGAGAAGGAAGACCUGCUGCUUGACACGAGCUUCAGAGAAAUUUCACUCCCCGUUGUCGUCGACGUAAGGGAAGGGGGUGAGAUCGAGAUCAGCAUUGGUGGCGCGGAUUCCUUCAAUGCUUCCGCGGCAAAUUAUAGUACAGUUCUCCAGCUCUUGAGCUACCGAUCGAAUUUGACUUCGAGCGCGCUUUCGGAGCCUCAG